GAGAUCCAGCCCGGCCCGACGCGCCUGUCAGUGUGCGCUUCAUGGAUGCUUCAGCACUUCAGCAUCCUCAGCCCUGCCCAACUCAGCGGAAUUAACACAGUGACACGGCACGAAUCUGACCGCUCUCUCCUCUUCAGGCUACUAUACUCUGUGUAGAGUGUUGGAAGAGCUGCCAUGGCGAACAGGGGGCCCAGCUAUGGACUGAGCCGGGAGGUACAGGAGAAGAUUGAUCAGAAGUACGACCCAGACCUGGAACAGCGGCUGGUGGACUGGAUAGUAGCACAGUGUGGAGGAAACAUGGAGAAGCCGCAGCCCGGCAAGCAGAACUUCCAGACAUGGCUGAUGGAUGGAACGAUUCUCUGUAGGCUCAUCAACAGCCUUUAUCCGAGGGGGAAGGAGCCCAUCAAGAAGAUCCCAGAGACUCAGAUGGCUUUCAAACAAAUGGAGAAGAUCUCUCAGUUCCUGCAAGCUGCAGAAGCUUAUGGAGUCACAACAACUGACAUAUUUCAAACUGUAGACCUCUGGGAAGGAAAGGACAUGGCAGCAGUGCAAAGAACCCUAAUGGCUCUGGGGAGUGUUGCUGUCACUAAGGACGAUGGUCAUUACAAAGGUGACCGAGACUGGUUCCACAGGAAAGCCCAGGGAUAUCGACGAGAUUUCACUGAAGAGCAGCUGCGCCAAGGCCAGAGUUUGAUCGGCCUGCAGAUGGGCAGCAACCGCGGAGCUUCCCAAUCUGGUAUGACGGGCUAUGGUAUGCACCGUCAGAUCAUGUAGACCACUUACUAGCUAACUUGCUGCCCUGCUUCCAGACCUUAUUUUCUACUAAUACCACAGAUGUUGUAGCCCCAAAACCUUCCUAUCCUCUGUAGCACUUGCUAUGUUAACCUCAAUUUCCCUGGAAUUGCUGCUUCCCCACAUUCACGGUCUGAAAGAAAUGAUGUCAAAUGCUGUAGAUCUCCUUCUUCAAGCUGUCUUCCUCUCUUCCCUUUGGCCACGUGCUGUUCCCAUUCUAGCUUUGUAACUUUGUUAAGCUUACCUUCCAUGUCCAGAUGAUUACAUAACAUGGAGCUCCAAGUCAUUCAACAUCAAUUUAGUCUUCUAGAGAAGUCAAGAUUGAAAUCUCUAUACAACACAAGCCAUCAGUAUUGUACACAUUGUUAAGAAUCAGAAAUACUGUAAGUCACUGUUACAGCAUGUUUUAUUCUAUGUUUCUUAAUAUUUUUCUUAUUCAUGCAUACAUUUAUUACAUGUAUCAUUGUUUUAGGAUGAUCUGUUACUGUGUGAUUGUUUAGCCUUAAACCUAACAGAGUUCAAUGACCGGCGAUGUCUCUGCUAUCUUGUCUGAAGACUUGUUGCAGUAUCCUCUGUAACCAAAUCAACCUCACGUUGUGCCUGGUUAUGGGACUACAGAGACUGGGUCCUGAUAUAUUGGCCUCAAAUUAUAAAUGAAUUUCAUUCAUUCUGAGCCAUGCCCUUGUAAUUUGUUUCAUAGAUUACAUCUUUGUCCAUGAUGUGUCCAUUUUGUGUCCAAGCAAGUAAAUGUGCAGUAGCCAACACAUAUUACAGUGAAGUUACCUUUUCUGGUGCCAGGUAAAGACAUUGCUUGAAUGUGCACUUUUAUGUAUUGUCAUGUUUAUAUUUUUAAAUAUAUUUAUAUUAUGGAGGCUUGUGAGAACAAAUAUUGAAAAAAUAAAGUA